AUGGAUAUGUGUAAGGUACAUGAAAACACCUCAAAAUGCAGUGCAAACACCAUGCCUAUGGAGUGCUUCAUGGUUCUCAGCACACAAGCACAGAAGAUAAGCAUUGCCACACUCUGCUGCCUCUUUGGGACACUGUGCAUUUUAGAAAACUCUUUGGUGUUGUAUCUGAUCUUCUCUUCUCCCACAAUUCGGAAAAAACCUUCUUACCUCUUUAUCAGCAGCCUUGCCUUGGCUGACAUCCUGGCCAGUAUCAUCUUUGUCUCCAGUUUUGUUAACUUCCAUGUCUUUAAUAAAACUGAUUCCUCUAAAGAAAAGUUCUUGCUGAAGCUGGGAGGGGUUAACACAUCCUUCACAGCAUCCCUGAGCAGUUUGCUGCUGACAGCCCUGGACCGUUACCUCUCCAUCAGCCGGCCCUCUGAAUACAAGUCUCUUGUGACAAGGAAGAGAGCAUGGAUAGCUCUGGGAAUACUCUGGGUGACAUGUGUGACCAUUUCCUCCCUGCCCCUGCUGGGCUGGAACUGCUGCACGCUCAAUUCAGCCUGCUCUGAGCUGUUCCCAUUUGUGGAUGACAGCUAUUUGUCAAGCUGGAUCUGCCUCGUCAUGGUCCUGCUGGCAUCGAUAGUCUGUGUCUACGCACAUGUGCUGUGGAAGGCUCAUCAGCAUGUGGCUUACAUGGAGAAGCACCAAGUGCAGGGCGGGAAGCAAAAUGCCAGGAUGAGGAUGGACAUCACGCUGGCCAAGACACUAGUGAUGGUACUGACCGUCCUCAUGGUGUGCUGGUCUCCAGUCCUAGUUUUCAUGAUCUACGGCAUCUUUGUGAGGCUGAGCAACGAGCUUCGGAGGGUGUUUGCCUUCUGCAGCACCCUCUGCCUGUUGAAUUCCAUGGUGAACCCUCUUAUUUAUGCCCUGCGGAGCAAAGAGCUAUAUUCUUCACUGAGGAUGGCCUUUUCUCAGUUCAGGAGGCAGCUGAGGGCCACAGAGGACAGCCCAGAAGCAGAAAGCACCCACAAAUCCUCAGCGAUAGAGACUGUUUGUGAAGAAACAUGUGUAACAUAG